AUGUACUUCAUGCUUCGCGCUGCCAAUUCAUGGCCGGGAGCGGAACUCCAAGAAUACAAAGGCAACCCUCCGGUCCAUGAUAUUCUCGAUCGCCUGGGUCUUCUCGAUGCUGUGACAGACAAGAAAUUGGACGUAGAGAUGGAAAUAGACUAUUCCGAUGGAAAUCAAUCUAAUACCGACGAAGCUUCGACUGUCGGUAGCCCACAGCACGCGCAGAAUGGAACCCAGCUUUCACCAAAGUUGCAUCCCGAACCAUGGUCUGCAUAA